AGGUGAUCGGGUAUAAAAUGAUUUUUGAUAUGUAUUUUUCUUUUCUCGCUGCGCCAAGUCAUCGUAACCGAUUAUCAACCACAGAUAACAGCACGAAGCAGGAACGAGUUCACCGUUUCCCUUUUUCGUUGGGCAUGCGAUUUUCAGUCAGCGAUAUGCGCAAGCUUAAAGCGCAAGCUGCAGAGAGUCAGAUCGGUCCGAUUGACAGAUUGAAUGGCUCCCAGUAGGAGGCCUGUCAUUUUGAAGUAUUUUUUAUUGUGACUAGUUGGUCGGAAAUCAAGUAAAAUUAUUCCUCGUCGUCCAAACUAUAGAAUUAAGGGCUCCUUUGAAUUCUAACAGGACUCCAGGUUUUAAAAAAAGUGUGUUCUAAUGUACCGGUGACGCCCUUCUGCUUGAUGUUAACGUUGUCGAAUGAUUAACAGAUUAGUCACAGUAUAAUAAGUAUCAUACGAACAAGAAGUUUUAAGGGAAAUUAUAAUAUACGUCGAAGAAUAUCAAAUCUCAUAUUAUAAAAAGAAACAUGGACAGCCAAGGACGAAAAGUAAUCGUGUGCGAUAAUGGAACCGGGUUUGUCAAGUGCGGAUAUGCUGGCUCAAAUUUUCCGGCUCAUAUAUUUCCAUCGAUGGUUGGACGACCAAUAAUUAGAGCAGUCAACAAAAUCGGAGACAUAGAAGUCAAGGAUAUGCCAGACUUAAUGGUUGGCGAUGAGGCAAGCAAGCUUCGAUCUAUGCUCGAAGUUAGUUACCCCAUGGAAAAUGGUAUUGUCAGAAAUUGGGAAGACAUGUGCCAUGUUUGGGAUUACACAUUUGGCGCAGAGAAGAUGAACAUUAAUCCAAAAGAGUGCAAAGUACUAUUAACAGAACCUCCAAUGAACCCAACCAAAAAUCGUGAGAAAAUGAUAGAGGUCAUGUUUGAGAAGUACAACUUUACUGGAACAUACAUUGCUAUUCAAGCAGUUCUUACGCUGUACGCUCAAGGUUUGCUAAGCGGAGUGGUUGUCGAUUCUGGAGACGGUGUAACGCACAUUUGUCCUGUUUAUGAAGAGUUUGCUUUACCACACUUGACGCGAAGAUUAGACAUCGCAGGACGCGAUAUAACUAGAUAUCUAAUAAAACUCCUGCUCUUGAGAGGCUAUGCUUUUAACCACUCAGCUGAUUUUGAAACAGUCCGAAUGAUGAAGGAGAAAUUAUGCUACAUCGGCUAUAACAUUGAAACAGAGCAAAGAUUAGCCCUAGAAACGACGGUCCUGGUAGAGCCUUACACGCUACCGGAUGGCCGAGUUAUCAAAGUUGGCGGAGAGCGAUUUGAAGCACCAGAGGCUCUCUUUCAGCCACAUUUAAUCAACGUAGAAGGACAAGGAAUUGCAGAAUUAGUUUUCAAUACCAUUCAAGCAGCAGAUAUCGAUAUCAGAAGUGAACUGUACAAACACAUUGUCCUCAGUGGUGGUAGUACUAUGUAUCCAGGACUACCGUCCAGGUUGGAACGGGAACUAAAACAAUUGUACCUUGAAAGAGUUUUGAAAAACGAUAUUGAUAAGCUUUCGAAAUUCAAAAUAAGGAUUGAAGAUCCUCCAAGACGUAAAGACAUGGUAUUUAUUGGAGGAGCAGUAUUAGCAGAGGUGAUGAAGGACCGUGACACGUUCUGGAUAAUGCGAGAAGAAUAUGAAGAAAAGGGUCUGAACGUACUAAGCAAAUUGACUGCCCGUUCUAGUUCUUCUUAAGAAUUUAUUGGUGCUCAAGAUCUUCGAUAUCGAUCAAGCCACUAAUUUAUUUUGGUCAAGUAGCUAAAAUAAAUGUUCGUGUUAUGGAAUGAUCAUGAAAAAAUGUUUGCCGCUGAUCAGAGAAGGAAUACAAAUCACGAAUCGCAAAAGACUUCAAUACCUGGAACUGGUUGCGGUGUCUGAAAUGUUUCUUAUUUCAUCUGUAAGAAAGAAAAAAAUAACAAAAAAAAAAAUGUACUUGGGAAAUACCUACCCAUCAUUCCUCUAUACAUUA